AAGCGGAAAUAGCAGGAAGUAAAAUAACGUUUGGCGGGAUUGGCGAAGUUGUUGGCGCCACUGCAGCUGGACAGUUCACUGUGUUCAAGUCUUUGAGAGGAGCAGCUUCGUCCAGCGUGAUUUCUUAGUUUUUCUGAAAAAAAAAAUACUUGCAUUACUUAUACGCAAACAUGAUCGAUCUGUCUGAAGGAGCAAUCGAGGCCCUGUCAAGUGGAAAUGGUGGGAAUGAAGCAGUGCUUCAAUUGGUGAACAUUCGAAAGAUCGAAGGGGGAAGCGGUCCUGUUCGCUUUCGGGUAAUGAUGAGUGAUGGACAACACACCAUGUCCUCUUUCAUGCUCUGCACGCAGCUCAACAGCAUGGCAGAGGAUAACCGACUGGCCCCGAACUGCAUCUGUCUUCUCAAGCGACAUGUGACCAACAUUCUGAAGGAUGGACGACGUGUGGUGAUCAUUUUGGAGAUUGAGGUCAUCAAGUCCGCCGAGGAAGUAAAGGGCCGUAUCGGUGACCCCACACCUUACACUGAUGGCCAGAGUAAAGCCCCCCAACAGGCUGCCCCGCCCCCUGCUGUCCGCCCUCCGCUGCAACCUCAAACUGGAAAUAACGUGAACAAAGUUGUCAACAAAGAAUUUGUGAAGAAGCCGUUUACGCCCGGGACCCCAGGGGGGGCCUUCAAAGUUGUGCCCAUUGCCAGCCUCAACCCGUACCUGGCCAAGUGGACCAUUCGUGUGCGCGUCACCAACAAGAGCAGCAUCCGUACAUGGAGCAACUCGCGCGGCGAUGGCAAGCUUUUCUCCAUGGAGCUCGUGGACGAAAGCGGUGAGAUAAGAGUGACCGGGUUCAACCAAGAGGUGGACACAUUCUACUCACUUAUUGAAGUUGGCAAGGUGUACUACAUCUCCAAGGGUUCCCUGAAGGUAGCCAACAAGCAGUACACCUCAGUGAAGAAUGACUACGAGAUUACUCUGAAUGGAGACACCUCCAUCACGCCAUGUGAAGAGAACUGCAACGUUCCCAUGGUGCUGUGUGACUUCAUCUCAAUCGCAGAGCUGGAGAAAACCGAGAAGGACGCCAUCGUGGACGUGAUUGGCGUGUGCAAGAGCGUGGAGGAGGUGACCCGCUUCACCACUAAAUCUAACCGCGAGGUCACCAAGAGGACGCUCAACCUGAUGGACACAUCUGGCAAGUUGGUGACCGUCACGUUGUGGGGAGAUGAAGCGGAGAAAUUCGACGGCUCGUCUCAGCCCGUCGUGGCCAUUAAGGGAGCAAAGGUCUCUGACUUCGGUGGCCGCUCGCUCUCCGCAUCCUUCAGCAGCACCCUGAUGAUCAACCCAGACAUCCCCGAGGCGUACAAGCUCAGAGGCUGGUAUGACAAGGAAGGCCAUACCAUGGAAGGACAGUCGCUGACGGAAAUGAAAGGUGCCGUCGGAGGGGGAAGCACCAACUGGAAGACUCUAUCCGAUGUGAAGACGGAGCACCUGGGACACGGACAGAAGGCCGACUACUAUACAUGCCUCGCCACCAUUGUGUACCUCCGCAAGGAAUACUGCCUGUACCAGGCCUGUCCGAGCCAAGACUGCAACAAGAAAGUGGUGGACCAGCAGAAUGGGAUGUUCCGCUGCGAAAAGUGUGACAAAGAGUUUCCCAACUUCAAAUACCGCCUCAUCCUGUCUGCCAAUAUUUCAGAUUACGGAGACAACCAAUGGGUGACCUGCUUCCAGGAGAGCGCAGAGGCCAUUUUGGGCCAUAACGCAGAUUAUCUGGGACAGCUGAAGGACUCGAAUGAAGCCGCCUUUGAUGAGAUCUUCCAGCAUGCUAACUUCAACACAUUUGUGUUCCGCAACAGAGUGAAGCUGGAAACGUAUAACGAUGAAUCCAGGAUCAAGGCAACUGUGAUGGAAGUGAAGCCCGUCGACCACAAGGACUACUGCAAGAGGUUGCUCAUAAACAUCAGGAAAAUGCAAGCCGACAAAUAGUGUGUGCAGCUCCAAUGUAUUUUUUCUUUUCUUGCGAGUAUCCUCUUGGCGCUGGUUGAAGGAAGUGAAACUUGCGCCGUUUUUUGGCAAAAGGCUGCGAUCAUUUUUGCAAACAUCCUCCUCUGUUGAACACUUAUUUUUUUUGUAAUGUAGUCGUGCGUGUAAGUCCGGGUCAGCGAGUCACAAAUGACAUCAGCAGUGCGUCUUGUCUUAAGUCAGCCAGUUGUGACUUCAUGCACUGUGAUUAUGGAAUACAAUUUACACUUUUUUUUUACACUGACACACUGCAAGUAGCUGGACCGGACCUGCACAGCCAUGAUAAGUCUGUUUAUUCUCCAUUUUCAUUUUCGUCCCGCUCUCUGACUUCCAAGCACAUUGCAGAGAAACAGCUCUUCUAUUUAAGCGGGUUGCAAGUGUUUUUGUAACUGUUUUCUGUUCUCCAUUAUAUUUGUAUUCUAACCUGACCUAAAAUAAAAACACACACACAGCU